AAAGAAAGGUAAAGGUCGGAUGAAUUUAGGCCAACAUCAAUCGUAUUUUCUAUAAAAGAUUUAAAAUAGCUUGGUUCCGGUUGAAAAGGCCUAGCGGGAUAUUGCAGCGCACGACUACACAUUUGUAAUAAUUAAGCAGUCUGGAUUACAGAUGGUAAUGACCAAGGCCGUGUCGCCCAGAUUGUUCUUAAUAAGUUUAUUAAUAUUAGUUACUAUUCUACAUGAUGUUUCGUCAAUAAGGAGAAAAAUACUGAGGGAGAAAUCCAUGCGAAAGGCCGGACGAAAGACCCAGCGGCAAAACAAGAAAUCUGACGGUCUUACGAAUGAUAUAUUUCGGGAUCAGCGACGAUAUGUUAAACAAGAUGCGGAGAUCGUUCUUCAGAAAUUGAAGGCUUCGUGUAAAGCAGAGUGUUAUACCUUAUUUGAUGAAAACAAAAUUGAAGAACGAAUUGGUAGUCUUAAAGGGAAAGAGAAAAAACAGGCAAAGGAUGCAGACUGUCCGUAUUUGAUUCCAACUGAUGACAUGCUUGAUAAGUUAAAUAAGAUAAGGCCUCAACUUGAAAAAGAAUAUGGGACGUUCAACGAUUUUAGUGUUUUAGUCGCCAGAGUUCACCAUGAUAAAGCUGCUCGAAUAAAUGAAUACUUCUACAAGGUAAAGACAUCAAAAGGAAGGUCGGGAUUUGUUCACAUCAAUGUUGUCAUAGCAACUGGAAAAAAUGACGGGGAAAUGGAUUUUUUGAUGGAAAAGAAAAAGGAUAAGGAUGACUGUUUGACGGUUAUCAAAAAUCCGUUCGUGAAAGAGACAUCAGAAUAGAGGAAUUCUUCCAAAUAUAAUUUACACCGAAAUAAUCACUAGUGACAAGAUGGCACGUGAUCCAUAAUUUGAAUGAUUGUCCAACGAUUAUACAAGUUGUUACACACAAGAAAUGCGACCCUUUGAUCCCGGAAUAACUUUUCAAUUAUGAUGGAAUUUUACACUCUCGAAGCUGAAUACGCCAAAUAACGUUUGUUUUAACACUUAUUGGUAACAGAUAAUUAACACGUUUUAGUGUUCAUGAGUAUUAAAUAUUAAUUAACACAUUUUUAUGUUAACCAAAUCGUUUAUCGAUAUCGAC